UGGGUUGCCAAGGAAGUUGUUAUACAUCAUGGAUUGAAGUAUUCUCCCAGUCAUCUUCAAUCACAUAAAGCAUGUUUUGAUAUUUUCUAAGAAAGUAGCUUCAUGGGACUCCCUUAUUCCCUUUUCCGGGAGAUGGAUCCUCCCAGCAAGCCUUUGAAUUUCAUUCCAAAUCCGGAGUAUGAAUGCCGAAAGGAUGACUCUUGUGGGGCAGUAGGGAACUUUCUACUUUGGUACUUUGUCAUUAUGUUGUUCCUGAUGAUCCUCUACAGGGCUUCUCUUUGGAUGUCUGAGAAAAAGGAUGCAUCACUAUCACCAGACAUUGGGACAAGCGGUUCAGGAUAUAAAGAUGCCUACUGUAAGCGACACAGCAAAAACACCAUCUGGGAAUCUUUUAGAAAGAUCUUUAAGAAGAAACCAAAACAUAUGCAACUUUCACCUGUAACUGACUCAGAAGUGGCACUUGUUAAUGCCUACCUAGAAAGGAGAAGAGCCAGACUUCACUCUCAGCUGAACCAGAUGAAUCAAGGCCUCCAUGAUAGUGAUACCACUGACAGGGACAGUAUGGACUCUAACUCAGGAGCCUCCUCCUGGAAGGAGAGUGAGACUGAACAUCAUCCAACUCCAGCCAGCCUUAGGAGAAGAAAGAUAGCCCAAAGGCAGAGGAACCUUGGAAGCUACCAAAUCAGGGAAAGGCCUUGCCUCCACUGCAAAGCUAUGAGAACCAGUGAGUGGCUGACUCGCCACUUCCUUCAUCCUCCUACAGCACCUCCUCCAGUGGAUGGAGAUAUUCCGGAGGAGAAUUCUCUAGUAGAAAUUAACACAAAAUUCAGUAGAAUUUGAACUUUAUCCAGUUCUUAAUUAUUGAAGACAAAUGAAUAAGAGAUUAAAACAAGUAUGAAAUAUCACCAGAGGUCAGGGUAGUGAGGCUUUACAAUAAAGUCUCUCUACUAAUGA